GCUGCCAGGCUGCCGAGGAAGACCCCCUUCUGGACUGCGGGGCUCGGGCUCCGGGACAAGCCGUGGGCGCUGGAGGCUGCCGCAGCCUGCGUGGGUGGACCGGCGCGCGGGCGACGGGCAGGGCAGGAUGGACCUGGAAGCCUCCCUGCUGCCCACCGGCCCCAAUGCCAGCAACACCUCAGAUGGCCCGGAUAACCUUACCUCGGCCGGGCCACCUGCUCGCACAGGGAGUGUCUCCUACAUCAACAUCAUCAUGCCUUCAGUGUUCGGCACCAUCUGCCUACUGGGUAUCGUUGGGAACUCCACGGUCAUCUUCGCGGUGGUGAAGAAGUCCAAGCUGCACUGGUGCAGCAACGUCCCCGACAUCUUCAUCAUCAACCUCUCGGUGGUGGACCUCCUCUUUCUCCUGGGCAUGCCCUUCAUGAUCCACCAGCUCAUGGGCAAUGGCGUCUGGCACUUUGGAGAGACCAUGUGCACCCUCAUCACUGCCAUGGACGCCAACAGUCAGUUCACCAGCACCUAUAUCCUGACUGCCAUGGCCAUUGACCGCUACCUGGCCACCGUCCACCCCAUCUCCUCCACUAAGUUCCGGAAGCCCUCUGUGGCCACCCUGGUGAUCUGCCUCCUGUGGGCCCUCUCUUUCAUCAGCAUCACCCCCGUGUGGCUCUAUGCCAGGCUGAUCCCCUUCCCAGGGGGCACAGUGGGCUGCGGGAUCCGCCUGCCCAACCCGGACACUGACAUCUACUGGUUCACCCUAUACCAGUUUUUCCUGGCCUUUGCCUUGCCCUUCGUUGUCAUCACGGCCGCGUAUGUGAGGAUCCUGCAGCGCAUGACAUCCUCCGUGGCCCCUGCCUCGCAACGCAGCAUCCGGCUGCGGACAAAGAGGGUGACCCGCACAGCGAUCGCCAUCUGCCUGGUCUUCUUUGUGUGCUGGGCACCCUACUACGUGCUACAGCUGACCCAGCUGUCCAUCAGUCGCCCGACGCUCACCUUCGUCUACCUGUACAAUGCGGCCAUCAGCUUGGGCUAUGCCAACAGCUGCCUCAACCCCUUCGUGUACAUCGUGCUCUGUGAGACCUUCCGCAAGCGCUUGGUCCUGUCAGUGAAGCCUGCAGCCCAGGGGCAGCUUCGAGCCGUCAGCAAUGCCCAGACAGCCGAUGAGGAGAGGACAGAAAGCAAGGGCACCUAACGCUUCCCCUGUCACCCUGGGCACCUCCAAAUCAGGACACCACAGCAGACCAUGGGAAGAGAUGCUGAGAAAAACCCAAGACAGCUCUGGGAGAAUGCAGAGAGGCUGGGCGGUGAGGGGCUUUUGCAACUAGAAACAUUCCACAGGGCCCACCAAUUGCUGGGGAGGCUCGGAGCCAGGUGUAGGGGCUUCAUACAUCAAAAAUCCCCUUGGGAGAGCAGGAUGAGACCUUCGAGUUGAAGAGAAACUGAACAAGAAAAAUAUUUUGGUUUAAAUGUUCAAUGGAGCCCUACAUCUGCUAGCUCCCAAAUGACUUUUUCCCAAGAGAAGAGGUGGAAGGCUUCUGGCCGGGUUUAUUUAAAAUCAGGCAGGGCCUGGGUGUGGGCAGUGGGGUCAUACGGCACAGGGCCCUGGGGAGAUGGGAAAGGUCGUAUGGCCUCGGCUCUUUCCCAUGUCCCAUUAGUGAUGGAGGGCAGCCUUUCUCCCAAGCUGGAGGAUGAUGAAAAAUGAAGCAUGCCAUCUCUCUGUGUUCCAGCAUCCUGUGUUGAUUUCCCUUUGUCUCUGGGGGAUGCCUGUUUAUUUUGGGGGAGUGGGGCUCUGAGACCAUAGGAGUAAAAGCCCCAUUUGCUAGGAGAUCCACUUAUUGAGAAUGACAAACCUACCUGAGGUGGGCGUGGGUGUGGGUCGUGAAAUUAAGAAAAAUGGGGAGGGGCAAGGGAGCUUUUGCAGCUGUGGGGACAUUGUUUUCAUGGGGCACAUUUGUUGAUCACCAGAGCCAGAGUGAGCGCCCACCAGUGUCCUGCAUGUGCAGGGGUCAUUCUGAUGCCUGCUGUGUUGGCUUCAUCUUUUGGCUCUAGCCCUUCCUCUCCAAAAGAAAAAUGAAUAAAGGACAAUCUC